AUGAUUGAACCUGAAGGAGCAAAGCUGUUCAAACAAUAUGUCAGAAUAAAAGUAUUUCCACCUCCCCAUUUAAAGUUUCUACAACAUCUCGUUUCACCUCGCCUUUUAAGCCUGAAUCAUGACGUCUUCAAGUAUCACAAUCAGGAGCUGUUAAAGUACCUAUUUAAAAGAAAUAUUGGCCUUGAAGAUGAAAAAUCUGAUAGUGAUAUUUCUUUGUUUGAAAGUGGUCAUUCAUCUCCUUUUAUACCUACAUCAUCAUCAAAGGUUACUGAUUCCGAUAGUAAUGUGACUGAUACCAAUGAAAAUAUUGAACAAUUACAAUGCCUUAAAAAUACUAUGCGUUUGAUUGAAAAGAAACCUUUGAUGUAUGUUGGUAUAACCAAAGAAUGUUAUUUCCUAAUUCAGUUAAUACAUAAGCACACAAAUAUAAAAGUGGAAAACAUAUUGCUAUGCUUUGAAAAAAUUAGAUUAAACAGUACAUUUUCCGAACUAGAGGAUAAUUUUGGAAUAUCAUUAUCUUAUGCCAGUAAACUAUUUGUAGGAAACAUACCAAUAAUAAGUAGUGUUUUAAGACCAUUCAUUGUAAACUUGGAUAAAAAAAUUAUUAAAAGUAAUCUUCCUAUUGCAUUUAGACACAACUAUCAUAAUGUCAGUUGCAUUAUUGAUUGUCUAGAAAUUGAUAUACAAAAACCAUCUAAGGCUCUUCAUCAAGCACUGACAUGGUCAGAAUACAAAAAGGGGAAUACUGUGAAGUAUUUAAUAUCCUGCACUCCUAAUGGAUUGGUUAAUUAUGUUUCUCAAGGGUUUGGGGGUAGAGCAAGUGAUGUUACGAUAGUAGAAAACUGUAAGUUUCUAAAUGGAUUACAACCAGGAACCUGCAUCUUAGCUGACAGAGGUUUCAAGCAUCUUGAACAAAUGCUUCAUGAGAAGGGUAUGAAACUAUUAAGGCCACCAAGUGUAAGUGCUGGCACAAAGUUAUCGAAAUCUGAAGUUCGACAAACUAAAAUAAUAGCUAGCUUGCGAAUACAUAUCGAUAGGGUAAUAAGACGAGUAAGGGAAUUCCAUAUGCUAAAACAACAUUCAGUGAUUAAUACCAACAUACUUCGUGUGCUUGAUCAUGUUAUUAUUAUUGCAUGUGCUCUAAUUAAUUUGCAGGAUUCUCUUAUUAAAUAG